UCGAAUACUGCCAAAAUGGUGGUGCCCACGAUUUCCCCGCCCCAACAACGUCAACACCCGGAACUCUAUUGCAGCCAUUGCAGCCAAUGAGCUCGAGUUGAAAAAGAAAAUAGCUUACAGCACGUGGUUUCACUCAGGUAAAUUGUAUCCCCUUCACCGUUUGCUAGUUGACAAUUAGACCUUUUUGUUAAGAUGGAACAUGGAGGAGCCUACACAUCAGUGCACCGUGUGCGACAAGACAUUCAGUGAAAAGUCCAACCUGGCGAGUCAUCUGAAGAUCCAUGCCAUCGCCAGGGAGACCUUUACCUGUGAUGUCUGCGGGAAGAGCUUGGCCACUAAACCAUCGCUGGUCAGCCAUCAACAGCUACACCAGUACCCCAACAUCAUUUUGUACCGGCAAGGAGAGGCCAGGCUGUACUGUACAGAGGCAGCAAGGUCUGUGGCAGAGGCCCGCAGCAGCACUGUUGUUGACCCUAAAUGGCUGGAUCUCAAGACAGCAGAGGCGGCUGCCAAGAGGUCGGGGGCUGAGCUGUGGAAAGGUCAGCUGGUCCUCACGUUCGGGUAGUACGCCGGUCAGACCUUCAGGUGGCUUGUGGAGAAUGAUGUCGGCUGGCUGGUGUGGCUGCUGCUCCAGUACUGCCAGCAGGGAGAGCAGAACGAGCUGCUGAAGUGGCAGAAGGAGCGACUGCUCCUUCGGCCACAAGGUGACUCCUCACCUGAAAGUGCUGUCGGACGCACCGUUCCCGGAGGCUCCUGCGCUGCCAACAUCCCUCCCUCCGCCAGACCGGCCUCAGGUCCAGUACCGGCUCAUCCAUCACGAGGCUGGAAAGAGACGUGGUGAGAAGCGGAGGUAAGUUGUCAUAAGCACUUUGUUUCACCUGUUGGCUGUGGAAAGCAAAUAGCACACACGUCAUAUCAAUACUGAUCACAUGUGUAUUUUAUGUUUCCAGAUUAUUUGUUGCUGAGCCACAGCCUGUGACUCCCGCGAACCGACCCGUUCAGCCCACUGGGUUGUCGUCCUCCACCCGGCCGAAGCCUGCUGCGCUCACCCCCAUUCUGCCGAGGCCUUCUGCGCCCACCCACCUCCAGCCGAGGCCACCCGCUGCGUUGACCUACGGCCCACCCCCUGUGUCGGCAGCACCCAUACUGCAGGUCUUCCCCGCACAGCCACAGGCCCCCUCCGUCCUGUUUCGUGGGACAUCCUGCAGCCAGUGCUUUGUCCCUCCUGCACCAACAGUGAAGGCAUUCAUGCCUAACAAGUCCUCAAGGCCAUGUGGGGCUUGCCACAUGCCAAACUGUGGUGGACAGUGGAAGAGGUACAACCCUUUC